UUGACUUUUGGAGGCAACCAAAAUCGCUUUCAUAGUAUUUUCAUGGCUCCCUUCCCCUCUUGAUCAUUUUUUAUUCUAACAAGCCUGAGUGAGAGUUGCCUUUCAUUUUUACGUGUCAACCUUUUUAAUUCCACACAUACAAGUUAAUUUCAUUGAGAGAAAAAAAGGCUUUGUUGUUCAAUGGCAUCUUCUGUUGAAAACCAGUUUCAUGGCAACAAUAAUGCAGAGCAAGACCAAGAAAGCUUCUCAUAUGCCAUGCAGAUUGUCAGCUCUUCUGUGCUACCCAUGUCUAUGCAUGCAGCAAUUCAACUGGAACUCUUUGACAUCAUAGCCAAAGCUGGUCCAAAUGCCAAGUUCUCCCCAAAAGAGAUAGCAGCCCAAUUACCUUGCAAGAAUCCAGAGGCGCCGUCGAUGCUGGACCGCAUACUUAGAGUUUUAGCCAGCCAUGGUAUUGUUGGUUGCUCUGUGGUAGAUGAAGAGGGUAACAAUCCCCAAAGGCUCUAUAGUUUGACGCCUGUGUCCAAAUUCUUUGUUCGAAAUGAAGAUGGUGUUUCAUUUGGCCCCUUGAUGGCCUUGAUUCAGGACAAGGUCUCCCUUGAUAGUUGGUCGCACCUGAAGGAUGCAGUUCUUGAAGGAGGAGUUCCAUUUGACAGGGUCCAUGGAACACACGCAUUUGAAUACUUUGGCAAGGACCCUAGGCUCAAUCAAGUUUUUAAUACUGCAAUGAUCAAUCACGCGACGAUAAUCGUGAAGAAGAUCCUGGAGACCUACAAGGGUUUUAAGCAGCUCAACCGAGUGGUUGAUGUUGCCGGUGGUCUAGGAGUCACUCUCAGCCUCAUCACUUCCAAGUGCCCCUACAUUAAGGGAAUUAAUUUUGACUUGCCUCAUGUUAUACAACAUGCCCCGACCUGUCCUGGCGUUGAGCAUGUAGGGGGAGAUAUGUUUGAAAGUAUUCCUAAAGGCGAUGCCAUUUUCAUGAAGUCGGUACUUCAUAAUUGGAGCGAUGAACAAUGUUUGAAGCUGUUGAAGAAUUGUUACAAUGCCAUCCCAGAUGAUGGAAAAGUUAUAGUGGUUGAUACUGUCCUCCCAAUUUUGCCCGAGACUAAUGCUUUUGGGAGAAGCACUUCGCAGACGGAUAUCAUUAUGAUGACUCAUCUUCCAAGAGGGAAGGAACGAAACAAACUAGAAUUCGAAGCCUUGGCAACUAAUGCUGGAUUCAGGGGCAUCAGAUACGAAUGUUUUGUUUAUGACCUCUGGGUAAUGGAGUUCUUCAAGUAGUUGGACCCUUAUAUCAUUGGUAAACUGAGCUCUCCUGUUCCAGUUGCUUAGUUUCCAAUCUUCUUCAAGCUAGCAAGAGGAGGGAAAAGAAUAAAAGAGAAUGGUUGUAUUGCAAUAAACAUACUUUCUUGUGUCGAA